AUGACUGCCUUGGCAAUGAACCUCCUGGCUCUUGCCACUCGCUCCCCAAAGAAGGGAGGCUUGCCCAGCCUUACCAGUGGUGAUGAUGAUGACGACUUCUUUAGUGAUGACGAUGAUAAUUACACCUACUAUGACUACAACGACUACGAAACCGGCGCCUAUGUAUCGGCUUGGUGGAUUAUUGCUAUAGUCGCUUCUCUCUCGAUUGUCUUUCUCAUCUUCUUCAUCUCGCUCAUCGUUUUCUGUGUCAAGGAGAACCGCCGCAAGCACAGAGGAGAGCAGUUCCGCGCCGGGCACGCUGUAUGGAAGGCAUUCUGCGUUGCUACCGGUCUCUGGUUCUGGAUCUGGGUCUUCAAGAAGUGCGGCUGCUGCGGCGCCGACCGCAGCAGCUACACAAAUGUCGAAGGUGGCCAGGCGCCGGCUCCCCACGGCGGCCGGUACGGAGGCGCAUCUGCUGCCAACACGGCGUACGCUCAGGGUGGUAUGUACGGACAGCCGGCCCCUGCCUCCGUCGGCAAGUUUGAACCUAUGGGAUACUCUGGAGCCGCGGGCACCUACCAGCAGCCUGCUCCUGCUCCUCAACAGCAGGGCUACACCAACACGCCGCCGGGCAUCGCGCAGCCUGUCCCUCAGCAGCCGUUUGUUUAG